AUGACCCUCUUUAACCCAACCUCGAUCCUCGUGGGGUUUCUGCUCCUUUACCUCUCGUCCUUUUUCAUCUUCGCUAUCGUCCGGAUCGCGACGGGAAUAUCCAUACAGCGGAUUGGUUACUUCUCACUACGUCGAAUCGCAUACACGCCGAAGGAAGGACUACACAUUGAAAUCCGCGGUCUCGGAUUCUCGCUACACCCCCCGUCAUUCGCCCAGCCAACAUGGAUCAGCAUUCGAUUGACGGAUUUAAAGGUCACGGUGGACUCUUCGACCCUUGGGAAAGGAAAAAGCGAGGCGCCCCGGGGCAUUUUGGAGUCUCCCGGCCCUUCCAGCCCGUCCGAAGACCGUGCCACGCCUGAUUUGAGUAAGAGAAGCGGGAGAAGCAAAACAUGGAGGACCUUGACGCGAAUUAAGGAGCGCUUGAAGCGGCUGCACCGGCAAAUCAAUUGGUUGGCCUUGGUGGACUUGACUGCUAUCAAUACAACAGUGCAUUUCGUCGAAGCUGGCCAGAUCCAGGUGGGAUCGCUUUCACUCUCGGUCGACACUCGGAGUAAAAUGGUGGAACGGGGCAAGCUAUUUCGUCGCAAGAAGGAUAUGUCGCGAGAACAACGCCCGGCCGAAUGGAUAAUGAACGUACAGAAUGUUUUACUCAAUGUCGACGGUCGAGAGCCAAUUGAAGUGUUGGAUAAUGUGGGCGUGAACCUCCAUGGUCUUCUCUACAAGGACUUGGACGGGCUCAGGGAUGCAUCGGUGGCCUUGAAGAUUGGACGAAUGCAUGUACCAUAUGACGAUCUUCGCACCAUGUUGCAACGCAUCAAACCGCCCCAGAAAUCCGCAACAGGACCCGCAAGCGUGGAAACCGAUGACGAGAUGUCAUUUGCCGACUUUGUGGAGGAGCUUGACAAGCCUGGAAGCCGGGAUGAUUCCAUUGUUCAGACUGUGGCAGAUUCCAAGGAGUUUGCAAGCUCCCUGCUUCGUGGUAUUCAGGAGAUCCAGAUCGCUCUGAGUUUCUUCCGAGUCUCACAGAGCAUCCAGUCUCUGUCUGCGGGACAAACCCCGGUUUAUCUGAAUGUGGUUUCUCACGAGCUUGGAAUCGAUCUUCAUCGGAUGGACCAAAAGAGUCCAGAGCAUCGCAUGUAUUUCCAGCGAAACGAUAUCGCCCACCAAGCUCUUCUUGCUGCAAUCUCCCUUUCAGUCAGCUUAGACGACGGGUCGGGCGAGACGGAUAAUAUUCUAUACAUCCCCAUGGCUACGACGACCAUCAAGACAACAUUACCAUCGAAGACAGUGAACGCCUUUGACGACAAGAAUGCCGAAGAGCGGAACACGAAUGUCCUAUUCGCAAAUUUGGUUAUCACAUCACCCUCCGUCGACCUCCAGCCGAAACACGGUUCCAGGCUUCUAAAGCUGGCCCAGAGCCGAGCCUCAUCUCCCCGAGGGAAGAAGCGAGAUAACCAUCAUUUGAUUUCUCGGUUGCUUCCGAAGGCAAGCAUCAAAUUAUCAGUUCACGAGCCUGUGGUCCGGUUCGUUUUGCCGAUCGAAAAAGAGUCUGGUACUCCCGAUGACUACAACCUUCUUAUUUCCUCGAUAUCUUCCAUUUCGCUCGAUAUCGAAUCAUCCCAUUCCUCCGAAGGAGGUGCUCACUAUUCCCUUUCUUCUGUGUACCGAGUUGCCUCCCAUAAGUUUUACUACCAGACUCCGGCGGGGAACAAACACAACCUGCUUACAAACGAGAACAUGGAGCUAAAGGCCCAUCUGAACGCCACCCCAGAGGUCUGUGUGAUUGCUUCAGGAAGCCUGAACGAGUGCUCAGUACACAUGAUCGACGGGGAGGUGAACCGUGGCAUCCGCGAAGUUUUGCAGCAGUUCAUAACCCAGAUGCAAUCGUCAAAGAGAGUCCCAAUGCCAACAAACGAACGCAAAGCAAGUCCAUUGAGACGUGUGCCCGCUUGGCUGCUCCAGUUCCAGUUUGAAGCCACAGGAUUUAGCGUGGAGAUUGCUGGAGUGGACAGCACGGUUUCUGAUAUCUCCCGAGGUGUUUCUUUCCAAUUGCAAACGUGGACUGCAGACUACAAAGCCCAAAAAAUCGAGUCAAAUGUUGGAAGCAUCUCUAGACGACGUACUCCAAGCCAUUCCACCAUCGGCGAUGAGUCCCCCUUUCGAUUCCCGCCUACCUCACCCCCUAAGAGCACUCAACGCGGUGCUGCGGAUGGUCGACGACUGGCGAUUCACGCUCGUGGGUUCGACGGCUUCGUCAUUGAGUCAGAAGAUUAUCUUGAACCUGAGCCGUUCUUUUCCCUGCCUCGAUUUGAGAUCGCAAUGAGCACCAGUAGUGAUCGUCUCGGACCGGUUUUGCACGUCACAUCUGUCUUCAAGGGCAUCUACCUGCAGUACUCAUUGUACCGGUUCUACUGUCUUGGCGUUGCAGUCUCGGUCAUCCAGGAUGUCCUCACGCCUCUGCCAGAUAAGUAUGCAGACUCAACCCUAGGCAAAUCUAGGGGACAUGCCAGCAUAUCCAUGCCACCCCCCCCAGCUCAUAAAUGGUCACCCAGAAAGGAGUUGAUUACGUAUGACGUCAAGGCAACAGUUGUUCAGCUCAAGGCGAACUUGCCCAAUGAUCCGCAAAUGAUGGUCCAGAUUUAUGGACUCGCGGGUGCUUCCCAGCGUCUUUCGACUCCUUAUGUCAGGGCCAAUCUUGUUCGCUUGCAUGCAGAGGCCCCGAAGCUCAAGGGUAUCUGGACACGAAUUGGCAGUAUGAACAAUGUCAGACUCGAUUUCCGCACAAAGAAAAUGAAGCAUGGCAACGAACUGGUCGAAGAAAAGUCUAUCGAUUUGUGGACGGACUUUAUCCGACUGGGCGUGCCUCAUCACAUGGUCAUGCACCGCAUUUUCGAUAACCUGAUCAACACCUCCAAGGCUUUCAAACAGUUGCACCAUCGCUUCAAGAACCGCUGCAGAGAUUUUGUCUCCGAGAGAGAACCAGAAGCACCGAAGAAGGUUCCAAGAAUUUCUCUGCGAAGUAAAGCACUUCUGUUUGAGCUGGAAGACGACGGUUUUGAAUGGAAACUGGGUUGCAUCUAUCGGGUUGGUCUAAUUGAGCAGGCUCAACGGCUAGCCCGGGCGGAUGCAUUCAAUUUGAAAGCCCAGAAGGUCAGGGACUGCGAUCAACGGCGCGCCACGUCCCGGCUACGAGCCAAAUCGAGCAGUCGGACGCUGCGCAGUGAGCGAACCAGCCAAGAUACCAGGCGAAGCAGAAGCGCCGAACCACGACCCAGACCCGGCACGCAGGAGCGUGGGAGAGGUCGGAAAUAUCGAUAUGACACCGAGGGUGCGACCUGUCUUUCGUCAGAACAAAAAAUCUCUACGGAUUCUGCCUGGGGCCGACUCCAGCAAUAUAAUGCCCAGGUCUGGAAAGAAAAGAUUGACGCAGCGCUCAAGUUCCAGGGCACUUCUAUCAAAGAAGUCAGGAAUCUCUUUUGUGGUGCAGAUGAGCCUCCUGCCGAUAUCAAGGAGACUGAGACUAUCCUUGCCAUUCCAAACAGACCUGGCCUGAUGUCAGCUCUGAUCAGUGAUGUCAAUCUUGUCAUUGACAAGCCCUCAUUCGCUAUUGAUGAGUUCCCGGCCUUUAUCAACCGAAUCGGAAAGGGAAUGCCCAUGUCCAUGCAAUACGGUCUGCUUAUUCCUAUGAGCUUUAAUCUGGAAAUGGGCGAGGCUCGUGUCAAUCUGCGAGACUAUCCCCUGGAUCUGUUGCACAUUCCAGCCUUACGCCCAGGACAAUCGCCGAGACUUCCCAGCUGGUCCUUGCGGACAAACUUUGUCAUUGCCGAAGAAUGGCGCAACCAUGAAUCUGCAAGACAGGUGGAGGUUGAACUUGUGCCUGCCUCUGAAGGAGCCGACGGAGCUGCGCGGGAGCCGUAUAAGAUUCCUGUCUGGCGUUCCGUUACUCCGGUCAAGACUUACUCUGACCCCGUCAUUGAGAUCAACACAAGUUUGCCGACAAGCAUUUCGUGGGGUGUUUCAUACCAACCUGUCAUUCAAGAUAUGAUGAAGAUCAUCGAGGGCUUCACUAAGCCUGAGAUUGAUCCUUCUGAACGGGUUGGCUUCUGGGACAAGAUCCGGCUUAGCUUCCACUCCCGAAUUAGGGUGAUUUGGAAAGAAGACGGCGAUGUUCAUCUACGCCUCAAGGGUUCCCGUGACCCGUAUGUGGUGACAGGCUUUGGAAGUGGAUUCGUCAUGUGCUGGCGAAGAGAUGUCAAAUUGGACAUCAAUACCAGUGAUAAUCCCAUGGAGUUCAUGAGCGUCACCAGUGGAGAAUAUGUGCUCGCUAUCCCCGACUACAGCACCGAAGCACGUUGGGCAAAUGAGGCGACCACAGAAGAAUUACUGGAAGACAGUUCUGCUUCCAGUGAACAGAAGAAUGCCGCUCACUUCAAGAAAGUUGUCAUGAAACUAUCCGGCGACGUCAAAUGGGCAACUGGCUUGGUCUUUGAACGCGACGUUGACAAUGAUUCACGAUCCUUCUCCUUCAAGCCGCAUUACGAGGUUGUCCUCAAGAACCCUAAAUACAUCGACCUGGAACAGCGCUCAAACUAUGAUGCCUACCGCGGCUUCCGCAGUGACCACAUCCAUCUGUCUGUUUCAGUCAUUGCACCGCAAAGCAGAAACUGGUCUGUCGAUACUGUUCAGCCAUCUUCGAGCUACAACACCGUCCAUCUUACCCCACGAUUCUUCACACACUUUUUCAAUUGGUGGUCUCUUUUCUCAGGUGUGAUGUCGCUUCCUGUUCGCCAGGGACCGCUCUGGCCAGGAAUCACAAAGACGAGCAAGAAGUUCAAUCGUCACUUGGCAACUGUCAAAUACAAACUUCUCCUUGCGCCCCUGUUUGUGGCUCACAUAUACAAACACAAGGACCGCGAAGACUACGCAGAAGACGUUGUAACGGCUACAGGUCUCAAGGUUCGACUUGAUUGCCUGAAGCUUGACAUUCACCAGCGACGUGAACAGAUCAAAACUCAAGCCCGGGGUCGCUCAAAGCAGACCCGCACCAGUGCGAUGCGCAUCAACCAAGCUCAGAUUGAUCUUCAGUCUGCCGACUUCCGCGCUGUGUCUGCCACUAUUGAGGGAACAACAGCGGAGGACAUCGAGCGCAACAAGGACGAUAUCAUUUCUUCCUUCCAGCAGCCAGUCCCAUCAGUUGACCUAUCUCGAUUCACUAUCCCCGAUCACAACCUGGACUGGGUUGACAUGGAUGACUUCGUGGAACCAGACUGGAUUCUCCCACAGGAGUCAAACCCUCGCACCCACAUCUUGCCGCUCGCCUUUACCCCGCGCUUCACCUACUUCCGCAACACAGAUCAUGGUGAUGUAGGACCCGAAGAAACGGGCUACAGUACGUUUGGAGAUGAACCAACCCACGAAUGUGUCAUGUCCGAAACGAACGAUCCUCGCCGCGUUCAGAUCGAAUUGGUCAAGGAUCGUCUCGCCACAGUUGAAGCUCAAACUCGCAACUUUGAACAUACUAUCGGAGAGCUAGAACUCAAGCUCAUGAAGGACGUGGAACACGAUCCGAGUCUUAAGGAGGAGCAUGAAAUGUUCCUUCGCCAAGCCCAAUCUCUGGCUAGACGGCGCAAGUUCUUGACUUCAACUCUCAAUCGUCUCGAGAGGCACCUUACACGCGAUGAGCGGUCAGCCAACAGCAAUAGCAAUAUGCUUGGCAACAACGUGGCGCCUAGCAGCGCGUCUUUCCAGACUGGGCGAACAGGACGGGAUGCGGACUCCACGAUUGAUGGCCGUUCUUCAGGCCUGGAUGGAAUCUACUCCUCGGGCAACGAUGAGUUCUCUAGUGAUUUCAACAAUCGUUUCAUGAUCCACAAUGUGCAGCUUAAGUGGAACAACUCGCUCCGGAAUAUCAUCUUGCGGUACAGCCAUCAAGUGAGUCAGCGGCGUGGAUUCGUGUACUACAUGUCUCGGCGCGCUGUCAAGUUCAUUCUCGACAUUGUGGAAGAACAGAACAAAAAUAAGCGCAAACAGCCAAAAAUGUCAAAGACGCAAACUCGGAGCGAAUACAACGAUGAAGAAGAAGAUGUGGAUGAUCGCAUCGAACAGUUGCUGAACGAUGCCAAGCGCUAUGUCAAUGUCGAAGAGUCUGAUCCACCUGACUCGAACGCUCAAUCGCCUUCCAACUCGGACAAUUCGAGCAUGGAGCUUAAGGUCGUUUCCAUCAUGGACAAAGAACGUGUUUCCGACGAUGUGAGCGGCUUGGUGCAGCGCCGUUUCUCCUUGGAAAUGGAUGGUGCCCAAUUCUUCGUUGCCACACAGAAGAACUUGAUGACUAACUUGCAGUUCUACGCUGGCAACAAGUAUGGAAAUGCACCGGGAUCAGCGUGGCCCCCGUGGUUGACACUUGAAGCCAUGUUCGAUUUCGAGUUGAAUCCAUUUGGAUUCUCUCGUAUCGUGCAGAAGACAUCUGCUACCUUGCGCUACGACAAGUACAACAAUCUGCGCCUCAAGUAUAACGAAGAGGUUGCCAAGGGACAAGGGCCACACACUGAUGAUCAAGAAGAUCGGAUCGACACGAUCAGCGUGGACUUCCCUCAUUUCCGUGCGAUUUGCGAUUCUGCAGAGUAUUAUUCCAUGUACAUCAUUGUGCUGGAUCUCAUGCUCUACAGCGAGCCACUUGAGAAGGUCCGGAACGAGCGCCUCGAGAGGAUCAUGCUCACUUCCGACUUCAGUGAUCUUCGCGGUGCCCCCGAGAUGGUCUUCAAGCUUCAAGCACGCAUUCGUCAAUUGGAAGAGAUCAAGGACUAUUUCCAGAUAAAUGCCAAGUUCCUGGACAAACAGGGCUGGGAAGAUCGGUUGACUCUCGAACGCGACCUAUCUGAAUGCGAGGACGAGCUGUUCUUUAUGAUGAAGGCAAUAACCACUUCUCAACGGCGGAUGGAACCGAGCUCCUCUAGGGCAAAUGGCGUCAAUGGCGUCCUGCGCUGGAGCAUAUCUGCCAGUGAAGUCGUGUGGCACCUGAUGAAGGAGGCUACCGAGCCGUUGAUCGAGUUCCAGCUACGAAAUGCCACAUAUGAACGAACUGACAAUACCGAUGGCUCGAACCACAAUUUGGUUGCUAUCGAGCGCCUGUUCGGAUUGAACUUACUUCCCGAUGCUAUCUAUCCCCAGAUUAUUGCACCGUAUCUCGAUGGAGCUCGCACCUUGGAUGACUUCAUGCUGCGCGUUAAAUGGCACAUGCUUGAGGCUGUGGCUGGUAUUCCCGUGGUUGACAACUUUGAAGUGGCAUUGUUCCCGCUGAAGGUCCAGCUCGAACGUGAGCUUGGUCAGAGAGUCUUUGAAUACAUUUUCCCUAAUGUGGGCUCUACUGCCUUUGAGAAUGGUGGCUUCUCGCCUUUCAUGAUCAAGAACAUGAAGCCGGUUGAUGGGUCUGAUGAGGAAGAUGAUGAUGAGGCUUCCAGUGGAACGCCUCUCACUCGCUCUACCAGUAUCGAUGGAGCAGAUACUUCCUCUAUGGACAGCCUCGCCAUUUCCAAGGGACCUGGCGCCAUCGAGCUGAGACUUCAGCCUACGCUCUCACUUUCGGAUGAGGCUAAGUCGCGCGGUCAUCGCUCCGAUCAUCUCAAGGGUCUUGCAAUGACACCAAUCAACAAAGACAACAAUCGACUUGGUGUAUCUGACACUGCGCGCCAAAAUGGCCGUCCUUCAACCACUGGUGGUCUCAGCAAGAAGAAAUCUGCCGACAGCAUUCGCAUGUUGACGAAGCAGGCCACGGAAAGAUCUCUCUCGAGUCACAGUGCUGGCGAAGAAAAUCGCAAGAAGUUCGGAAUAGGCAAGGGAUCCAACAAGAAUGGCAAGUCUAAGGAACCCACCGACGACCUGUCCCAGAUGAUCUCCCGCGCCUCCAAUUACAUGACCCUUGCCCAUGUCAAGGUCAACGAUGUGGUUCUCUGCAUGAGCUACAAGGGCAAAGGCGAACACAAUCUCGAGGAUCUGCAUGAUUUUGUCUUCCGCCUUCCAGUCCUCGAAUACAGUAACAAGACAUGGUCGAAUCUGGAUCUUGCCCUGCGUCUAAAGAAGGAUGUCAUCAAGGCUCUCAUCUCGCACGCCCCUGCUAUUCUUGGAAACAAAUUCUCUCAUCACCGCCCCUCCAAGCAGCAACAAAAGCGUUUCCGUGAGCAAGCCUCUUCUUCUCAACUCUUGCCGAAUGCGUCUAGCAUUAUGACCCAGUCCAACAGCAGAGCCCAUAGCCUGGCGAGCUAUGACUCCAACAGCGAAUACUCUGAGUCACGGUCGCGGAAGUCUAUGCAAUCCAAUGCUUCCCCGUUGGUUAGGUCUACAUCAUUGAGUUCAGACACUCGUGAUACGCAGGAUACUGAGACUCCUAUCCAUGACUCCCGUUCAGCCAAUGAAGUGGAUGUCGAUUCUCGCUGGGAGGCAUCCCGUCGAUUUGUCAACCCUCCCCCUCCGGAGAGGCCCAUGACCUCAGGUCACUUGUCUGUGACCGGGUCCAACAAGAAUGAUCAGGAUGAUAGCAACAUCAAAACACUCCGCAGCAUCGGCCGAAAAUUGACAUUCCGAAAGUGA